AUGAUUGUGCACGGCUGUCUCUAUGCAGGCGCCUGGGCUUUCAGCAUUUGGCUCCUUCACUUGGAGCGGACGAGGGCCCUGGAGCGAGAGAGGAGCAGGGGCCACGGUGUUGUUCUCCUGCUGUUGUGGGCCCUGGCGUUUGCCGCUGAGAACUUGGCAUUCAUAUCUUGGCAGAGCCCGCACUGGUGGUGGAAGUCCAUGAACACUGCUGACCAGAAAGUUCAGUUUGCUCUGUGGACUUUGCGCUACAUCUGCACGCUCUUCCUCUUCACGCUGGGAAUUCUCGCCCCUGGCCGGCCACGCAAACCCUACAUCAUCCUCAUCAAUGAAGAUGAGAGAGACGUUGAGAAUACACAGGUGAGAAGGGAUCAGAACCAGUCGACAUGGCAGGAUUUCUGGAAGAAGGUGCGGCUCCUCGUUCCGUAUAUGUGGCCGCGGGGGAGUAUGUUUCUGCAGCUUCUGGUUCUCCUCUGCAUGGGGUUGAUGGGUCUGGAACGAGCUAUCAAUGUCUUCGUCCCCAUCUAUUACAAGAAAAUAGGUGUCAGUGGGAGGAAUAGUGCCCCAUGGAAUAGUGUCCCAUCAUUGGUGUCAAUUUUCUUUUUUUUUUUUUUUUUUUUUUUGUGUCUAUCAGGUGCAACAGGGUUUGUAAGUAACUUAAGAACCUUCCUAUGGAUCCGGGUCCAGCAGUUUACAAACCGCGAGGUACAGAUCCGCCUGUUCGCCCACCUGCACUCGCUGUCGUUACGCUGGCAUCUUGGACGUAAGACAGGGGAGGUGCUCCGUAGUGUGGACAGAGGGACCAGCAGCAUCAACAGUCUACUGAGUUACAUAGUGUUCAGUAUACUUCCAACCAUUGCCGAUAUUGUCAUUGGGAUCGUCUAUUUCACGUCUUCCUUCAACGCCUGGUUUGGGUUGAUCAUUUUCGUCUGUAUGACUUUAUAUCUGACUCUCACCAUCAUUAUCACAGAAUGGAGAACGAAAUACCGCCGGGAUAUGAACACCAGAGACAAUGAAGCCAAAUCCCGGGCUGUAGACUCUCUGCUGAACUUUGAAACGGUGAAAUAUUAUAAUGCUGAAGACUAUGAGGUGAACCGAUUCAAUGAUGCCAUACUGAAAUACCAGGUGUCAGAGUGGAAGGUUAAUGCUACGUUGGCAUUUUUAAAUCAGACCCAGAACCUUAUCAUUGGGCUGGGGCUAUUGGCUGGCUCAUUGCUGUGCGCCUACUUUGUCACUGAAAACAAGUUUAAAGUUGGUGACUAUGUGCUUUUUGGUACCUAUAUCAUCCAACUUUACACACCACUCAACUGGUUUGGUACCUACUACAGAAUGAUUCAGAAUUCAUUCAUCGACAUGGAGAACAUGUUUGAACUCUUCAGUGAAGAUCAGGAGGUGAGCAGCUUUUAUGCAUGUGUUGUACAAUCUCCUAUAGAUCCACCAAUACCUAUGUAUGACCAGGGCCUGUCGGAUUGGAUAUGA